UAGGAAUCAUCCCAUCGAUCGCCUUUGUGCAAUUAUGCGACGUAUAAAACUUUAUAGUUAAGAUAUUUUCCGCGUGCACGUUGGUAGCGCUGUUUCUUGCUAUUUAAACUGAUAGAAUUUUUAUAAAGAAUAUAAGUGUUUUAUUUUGUAUAAUGUCUGACGAAAAAAGAAAACACGAUGAAGAUGAUAAUAAUGAUGAUGAUGGGGCUAAUCAUUCAUCUUCAGAAAUGCCAUUAAAGAAAAAACAAAAAGUCUUGGAGUAUGAACAAGUAUAUUUAAGUAAUUUGCCGUGCUGUGAAUGUUAUGAGAAAUCUUAUAUGCACAGAGAUGUAAUAACUCAUAUUGUGGUAACAAAAUCAUAUUUUAUACUUACCGCUAGUUGCGAUGGACAUUUAAAAUUUUGGAAGAAACAAGAAGAAUUGAUAGAAUUUGUAAAACACUUUAGAGCUCAUUUGAAAGCAAUACAAUAUUUGGCAGCAAGUUCCAAUGGUAUACAUGCGUGUACAGUUAGUUUGGAUAAAACUAUGAAAAUAUUUGAUAUCAUUAAUUUUGAUAUGAUUAAUAUGAUAAAAUUAGAGUUUGUACCUCUUUGUGCCGAAUGGAUAUAUUCUGCUGGUGAUGCGAUUGCUGUGGUUGCUGUAUCUUCGCAAGAUUCUAAUAAAAUAUAUAUAUAUGAUGCUCAAGGAACUAGUACACAAUUGCAUGUUUUUGACAAGUUGCAUACAAAACCUGUUGUUUCCAUGAAGUAUAAUACCGUCUAUGAAACAUGUAUAUCAGUUGAUAAAGCGGGUAUACUGGAAUAUUGGACAGGACCUAAAACGGAGUAUAAAUUUCCGAAAUGUGUUAAAUUUGAUUCAAAAUUAGAUACAGAUUUAUAUGAAUUUGCUAAAAAUAAAACUUAUCCGUGUGGUUUGGCAGUAUCUAACGAUGGUAAAAGAUUUGCAUCUCUUAGUGGAGAUAGGAAAGUAAGAGUUUUUAAUUUUAUUACUGGUAAAUUGUACAGAAUAUUCGAUGAAAGUCUUCAAAGAUUUUCUGAAUUGCAACAAAGUACGCAACAAUUACCAAAUAUGGAAUUUGGACGAAGAAUGGCUGUUGAAAGAGAAUUAGAUAAAACCGAAACAAACAUAGGAAAUAUAGUUUUUGACGAAUCUGGCUAUUUGAUAUUAUAUAGCACAAUGUUAGGUGUUAAACUUGUGAAUCUUUAUACAAACAAGUGUAUUAAAAUAAUGGGGAAACCUGAAAAUAUACGUCCUAUGCAAUUAGCUUUAUUUCAGGGCAAAGCAAGAAAAACUGCAGCAGCAGUAUCGGUAGAAAUGGAAGCUGCUGAAAAUCCUACAAUGGAAAUGAAUCGGCCGGAUCCAAUUCUUUUUUGUACAGCUCAUAAAAAGAAUAGAUUUUAUAUGUUUACAAGACGUGAGCCAGAAGAUAUAAAGAGUCCAGAAUGUGAUAGAGACGUUUUCAAUGAAAAGCCUUCUAAGGAAGAUAUUAUAUCUUUUACUGAAGCCAGCAAUGUACAAAAAAUUUAUGACACGGCAAUUAUACAUACUGCCCUUGGUGAUAUCCAUGCAAAUCUCUUUGGCAAAGAUGUACCAAAGACAGUUGAAAAUUUCUGUGUUCAUUCUAAAAAUGGUUACUACAAUGGGCAUAUAUUCCAUCGAGUAAUCAAAGGUUUUAUGAUACAAACUGGAGAUCCCACUGGAACUGGAACGGGUGGCGAAAGUAUAUGGGGUGGUGAAUUUGAAGAUGAGUUUAGACCUCAUUUAAAACAUGACAGACCAUAUACUUUAAGUAUGGCAAAUGCAGGUUCAAAUACAAAUGGAAGUCAAUUCUUUAUUACGUUGACACCUACACCUUGGUUAGACAAUAAACAUACUGUAUUUGGAAGGGUUGUUAAAGGAAUGGAAGUAGUACAAAAUAUUAGUCAAGUAAAAACAAAUCCUAAGACCGAUAAGCCUUAUGACGAUAUUCGUAUUGUCAGUAUUACUGUUAAAUAAUUUUAUAUCAAAUAAAUAUUUAUUUACAUAUGA